CUGCGAAAGAAAAAAAAAAUGGUGACAAGCGGUUUGGGACUUGAAACGGAUCUGAGGCUGGGGCUUCCCGGCGGCGGCGGCGAGGUGGAGAGGAACGAGAAGAAGAGAGCGUUUUCGGAUAUCUCCGGUGGCGGCGGUGGUGGCGGCGGCGGGGAGGAGGAGGAGAAGGUAGAGGCUGUGGAGAGUAAGAAUCAGGUGGUGGGGUGGCCGCCGGUGGCGGCUUACCGGAGGAAGAACAGCUUUGGCCGGGCUAAGAUGUAUGUGAAGGUUAGCAUGGACGGCGCACCUUAUCUGCGCAAGAUAGACUUGAGCGGUUACAAAUUGUACUUUCAUCUUGUGGCGGCUCUUGAGGAGCUGUUUGGCUGUUAUGGCAUUGGUGAGAAAGAUGGUGAAAAUUGUGAAUACGUUCCCAUUUAUGAAGACAAAGAUGGCGACUGGAUGCUCCUUGGAGAUGUUCCUUGGGAGAUGUUUAUUGAGUCAUGCAGAAGGUUGAGGAUAAUGAAGAAAUCAGAAGCUCAGGUUAUUGGGCUUCAGGCCCAAGACCUUCUUAAGGGACUCGCCAAGGAAGAAGUUAAAAAUUAGGAAGGCCCGAGCUCUGUUGGGUAAAGGGUAGUACCUGGCCCAAUAGUUGUUGUAC